AAAAAACAGCGCUAUCUCGAAGAAUUAGAAGGAAAUUUUUUUCCCCGAAGUGAUAUCCCCAUAAAUUAAACCCUAACAAAUGGAAUGAGAGAGUAUGGGUUGCCGCAAAAAAUGAGAGAAGACAACACUCUCUCCCUGACCCUGAGUCUUCAGCUGAUGCAUGGGUCCCACCUUAAGGCGCUGAUUGAGGACACCACAGACACACAGACCUGGACCUACGCUAUCCUCUGGCGCUCCUCCUCCUCUAACCGCCCCCUCUUGAAUUUCCACGAUGGCCACUACAACCCCAAAGCGUCGUCGUCUAAGCAGCUUCGCAUUUUCGGGUCGUCUGUCACGGUCACGGUCAGCGACGAGGAAUGGUUCUUUAAGAUAUCGAUGAGUCAAUCCUUCGCCGACACAGAGGACUUGCCCGGACACGCUUUCUUCAAUUCGAGUCCCGUUUGGUUAACAGGCGCAGAUCAGUUAUUGGCUUCCACGUGGCAGAGGACCAAGAGGGCCCACCACUUUGGGAUUCGAACCUUGGUUGCCAUACCCUCCGAGAAUGGGGUUCUGGAGCUGGGCUCCACCGAGCUCAUACUCUGCAACACAGCACGGCUGAACACGCUGUUCGAUUUCCUCGUUCGGACUCGGUUACUUGGCCACCUUCCCCUACAUCGUCUUCGGGAACAAAUCCGCGUGCAGUCUAAAAGUGUUGAAAGCUGGCUUGAAAGAACAAAUAAUGAGAUAGAGAAUUGUGGGCACGACAGCUCGUAUAAACCACUACGAGGCAAAGAGAAGAUAAGUGAUUUAAAAUGGUCAUGGCCAUUAUUGACAUACAGUUCUGACAAAAGCACUGAUAAAACGUCAUAUUCAUGUUCAUACGAUUAUUCUGGCUCGUCCAGAAUUUCUUAUUCAGUUCAUAAUAUGUGAAAAAAGGCCGACACGUAUCCAACGCAACGCAACCAUUGGCAAACUGCAUAAGAGAAUUCGGCAGAAGUUAAGUCUUCAAGGCAACCAAUGUAUCACUCAGAUCACGACAAUGUUAUGGCAAUGUGAUAAAUACAUUAGUUUACAAGUGGUUGACGAUAAAGACGUGGAGAUGACAAUGGAAGAAUUUUUCAACCAGUAAAGGAAAGAUUUUUUGGAGUUGUAUGUCGACAUCGCCACAGCGGAUAAUGUUCCAUUACUGGUGAGGUCAGUUGAUUUAAAUUCUCCCCGUCUUCAAUUAACGUCUGCCACUCAUGCGUCUCCAGUUGGUAACCUUUCUGAGGGAGAUGAAAAUGAUUCGACUUGGGAAAUGCAUGACGAAGAAGACGACGAUGAUGAUGAAAAUAUCGCAAUGGAAGAACGUCUUCUGGCGGAGGAUGCUAGUGCUUCAGAAGGAGAUGAAGGUGGUGAGAUGGGUGCGUCUCAAAUCCCAGUCUACCAUGAACCAGUGGUCGCGCAAAUGCCGCAAUUACAUGACGUUGCCUCUGCCCCAUUAGGAAAUCAUUAUGAAGGUGACGAAGCUGUUAUUCCUUUUUGGGAAGUAAUUUCGCAUUAUUCGUACAUUGAUUGGAGUUAUCGGAGCGAAUAAGAAUCAUGCACUGAUGGUACGGUUUCAGGAUCGGGUUCAAUAAAAGGUCCGUGGCUACUGGGUGACAAGUUAUUUGUGAACCAAGAAUUUGCAACAAAAAAAGAUGUCCAAAUGGAACUUAAGCACAACCUCAUUAGGGAACAUCAAGAAGCAAUUGUAAUUGCGAGCAAUGCUCU